UUGUAGUGCCUUGUUGCUGCCAUGGAGAAGUCGGAUGCAAGGGUAGUGUGCAUCUCAAUUGAAGAUGGUGAAAUCCUCAAAAGAAAGCAACCUGCCACACUACGACUUCUUCAACAACGAAGGGACCACAGGCCCAUAAUCCAUAGCAUCAAGGUAGCCAUCGCCCUCGUCUUGGUCUCACUCCUCUACCUUCAAAAGGAUCUCUACGAUGAAGUCGGCGACAAUGCGAUGUGGGCGAUCAUGACUGUGGUUGUGCUUUACGAGUUCACAGCAGGUGCUACAUUGGGCAAGGGAUUGAACAGAGGGAUUGGAACCAUUUUAGGGGGCUCUGUAGGGAUGCUGACUGGCCUUCUCUCCCAAAGGGCCGGCCGUAGGGCCAAUGCUGUUGUUCUCGGGAUCUCUAUUUUCUUCAUAGGUGCCAUAGCUUCUUAUACCAGGUUCAUCCCUACCAUCAAGAAAAAAUAUGACUAUGGAGUGAUGAUAUUUAUCCUAACUUUCAAUCUGAUUGCCGUCUCUGGUUACCGGGGCGAGGAGAUUGUGAAACUAGCUGGUGAUAGACUCUCCACAGUUGGGAUGGGGUUCGCAGUAUGUGUGGCCACCAGCUUUUUCAUUUGCCCAGUGUGGGCUGGAGAUAACCUUCAUCGAUCACUUGUCACAAAAUUCGAGAACAUCACAGUGUCAUUAGAAGGAUGUCUAGCUGAAUACUUCAAAACCAACAACCAAAAGACAGCCGUGAAGACCAAGAGAAGCAUCUCCAAUGGCUACAUCUCUGUUUUACAUUCCAAAGAUGCCGACGCGGCAAUGGCUAACUUUGCCAGCUGGGAGCCAUGGCAUGGAAGGUUUGGGUUCUACUACCCAUGGGACAAGUAUUUGCAAAUUUCAGAGACCCUCAGGCAGCUCGCUGCAUGCGUCCUAUCAUUACACAGCUGUGUCCAAUCCGUCCAACAGUCACCCGAAUGGAUCCGGAGGUCCUUCGAGAAGCCAUGCACGAACUUGGGUGAGGCCAUAGUGUGUGCACUGAGUGAGUUAGGGGAGAGUAUACACAAGAUGAGGAGGUGCCACUCAUUGGCCUCAGUGAUCGGGAAAAGCUUGCAGGCGAUGGCUGAGGAGCUGAGGACCGCUCUCAUCGAGCCGCUCCCUCACUCUCAAGAUAUUGGACUUGUGGUGGAAAGAAGAAAGAAGGGAGAGGAGGAGGAGGUGAUGGGAGGAGCAGGGCUCGGAGAUGCCUUGGCUGUAGCAGCUUUUGCUUACAUGUUGUUGGAGAUGGAGGAGAAAGUGCAAGACUUGGCCAAAUCUGUGGAGGAAUUGGGGACAAUAGCUGGCUUCAAACCUCAAUAGUCUCCAAUGCAUUCACAUAGAUAAAUAAAAUUCAAACUUACCCCAACAAAAAUUGAGAAAUCAAAAUGAAGAAACAAUGACCUUUAUGAGACUUCGAGGUUUCCCUUUGUAUUUUUUCUUUGACAAAGUUGGCAAGGAUAACCUCUAGUAAGGGAUUAAUGUCAAUUCCAAAUAACUGUACUCAUGGGGGAAAAUGAGUAUCAUGUGGGCAUGCAAUUUGCUUAUUUGUAAGUUAUGACCAUAAAUAUGUAUGUUACCAACUUCCACGAC